AUGCUCAAUCUCUUCCUAUUCGGGCUCGUUUCGUGCGAGUACGCCUGGGACCACGGAAUCGACGGAAUCGAAAAUGGGAGGCCGCUGAUUGUGGCGCAUCGAGGAGCUUCUGGAAUUUAUCCAGCGCAUACAAGAGGGAGCUACGAAACGGCGAUUGAACAAGGAGCAGAUGUUAUUGAAUGCGAUUUGGCGGUUUCGAAGGACUUGAAAUUUGUUUGCCUCCACGAUGAAUUUUUAAGUUCCGUCACGGAUGUUGCUGAUCGACCAGAAUUUAAAGAUCGAAGGCGAAAAAUUGGCACGAAAACCGACUGGUUUUCCAUUGACUUUACUUUUGAAGAACUUACAUCCCUAAAAGUCAAGGCAAUUAGCUCACGUGAUCAGCAGUACAACUUCAAAUACAAUGUCGUAUCCUUCGACGAAUAUGUUCAAAUCGCGAAAUCAGCAAAUCGAACAAUCGGAAUUUAUCCAGAGACAAAAAAGCCUGACUGGUUCGAGACAAAUAUUGAUUGGACUCGUUACGACAUGGAAGAAGCAAUAGUCGAAGUUCUGAUCGAAAAAGGAUACACGAAGCCGACGGAUCCCUGCUUCGUUCAGUCUUUUAGCUGGGAGUCGCUGAAUCAAAUGAGAAACCUGACGGAUCUGCCAUUGAAAUGA